GUCUUUUCAAGGCAAUCUUACGUAACAGGUCAUUCCCCCUAAUCUAUUUCUAUCAAUUUCUGAAUUCAUGGGCGUAUAAAAGGAAAAUAUUAGAGAAAGAGUCAUCUGUUGUAUCUUGGACAUCACAGACGCUUCUCCAAAAUGAAAUUCCUAGUACUAGCCCUGUGCGUGUGCGCCGCGUCCGCCGCGUCCUUCCCCAGCUACAACGCGCGCGCCACCGCCUACGUGACCAAGCCCGUGGCCCCCGUCGCCUACAGGACGCCGACUUUCGCCGCCGUCCGCCAGGUGGCCCGCCCCGUGGCCCCCGCCUACGUCCAGGCUGUCUCCUCCGUGGAGGUCCCGGCCCCCGCGCCCGUGGUCAAGUCCGUGACGGUCGAAGCCGCCCCCGCCUUGCCCGUCAGGUCGGCCGCCUUCGCCUCCAACGCUCAGGUCAAGAAUGUGAACUACAACAACGAGGGAGAGGCCGUCAUUGUGCGCUCUGAGAACGAGAUCCUUCCUGAGGGAUUCAACUACGCUUACGAGACCGGUAACGGAAUCUUCGCCGAGUCCAGCGGCACCCUCAAGAGGGUCGACAACACCGAGGCUGUGGUGGUCCGUGGCUCCUACAGGUACGUGGCUCCCGACGGCACCCCCGUGGAGGUCCGGUACAUCGCCGACGAAAACGGAUUCCAGCCUGAGGGAAAUGUCCUCCCCGUGGCGCCCGCCAUCCCCGAGGCCAUCCAGCGCUCCCUGCAGUACAUCGCCGCCCACCCCGCGCAAGUCGAGCAGAGCUACAGGAAGCUGUAAGAAGACUGAAUAAUAAUGUGACCCGGCUUGUAGAAGGAUGUGAUAGAGAUUCACAGCAGAUCGAAAAUAUUUGAGAGUAAUGAAUGAUUAGGAAAUAAAUGCUUUUCUAAUUUA